UGGUAAGUUAAGGCUGAGCUGAAACUAACAGGAGUGCCUUUCUCUGUUGUAUGAUGCGUAUUUUCAUCACUCUUUUUUUAUACACUAUGAUUCCAAUUUAUAUGACCUCAAGUGUUCCAGGAAAUAUUUGUGAGCUCAAGAAGGCUAAAAUGGUGUUUAUGCCCAAUGUUAUUGAGAAUAUGAUCCGUGAACACAUAGUCAGCUGCUCAGCUCCCCAGUGUGUCUCUGGUGUGACGUGCCACUUCUACAGGGGAGCUGAAUCAGAGCCAUUCAAAUCAGUGAGCUCUGACAGCAACCAGUGUGACUUCACUGCAAGUGGAGGAGAGCUGCUGGGAGAUGUGGAUCUAAAGCUUGAAGGCGAUCUGCAUUUCAGUUGUGAUUAUGAAAAUAUUAUUAACAGUAAAACCUCUGGGAGAAGUGACAACAUGAAAAUCAUAGUGAAGGAGCUUGUUAAAGCUGAAAUCAAAACAGCGAGCAUAGAGGAUCAGAAGAUUGAAUAUGUCAUGAUUAGAUGUGAAGGGGAUCAGCCAGUUAAAGGAUUUUGUCAUUUUUAUAUGAAUGAAGCUCUUUUCAGAUCAGAGGCAUAUGCCACAGGUGGAAAAGCCUGUGUGCUUUCUGUGUUUAAGUAUCAGCUCUUGGAUCAAAGAUCAGUAAAGAGUGUCACUCAAGUGAACGUGAGCUGUGAAAUUGAAGUCAUAAGAGAAAAUCAGAAAAAGACAUCACGCCGCAGUAGGAAGGUGACAGUGGACAUAUAUGGUAAUCUAGGUAAACCAGCAUUGACUGCAACAUCUGACAUAACUGUAAAAGAUGCAGCAGUAUCACUGACGUGUGAAUUGCCUCAAAUAUUCCCUAAAGCUCACUGCCAUUUCUACAGAGAUGAUGAUUUGCACCCAUUCAAAUCAAAGAGCUCAGAAGAUAACAAGUGUGAGCUGUCUGUGAAUGGACAUGAACUGCUAAGAGGUCGAGCUACAGGGAUGGAGACUGAGGUUCAAGUGAGGUGUGACUACACUCUGAAUAUGAGCCCAGAGAUUCAUUCACAGUACAGCAAGGACAGGAGUAUAAGAGUGCUGGAUAUUCCAAAACCAGAGAUUUCUUUCUAUGGUGAAAAUAAAACUUCAGUUCUCUGUAUGGCUCCUGACAAUGUCACUGAAGUGCUGUUCAGUUUGUAUCAGGAAGGAACAGAAGAACAGCCUGAGAGUAAAAAAGCUGAAAAGAAUCAGAACUUUGUCAUCUUUGAAACUUCAAGGCAUGAUGGUGAGAAGUCCCAAGACUACUGGUGUCAAUUUGAGUAUAAGGGAAUAAAAUCUCCUAUAAGUGAUCAGAUCCACACAGAUGAAGGAGAGUCUCUUGAAGCUCUUCUUAUCAGAGGAAUCUUAGCAGGGUUAUUUUUUAUUACAGUUGCUUCACUUCACCUGUAUACCUACCUGAAGUGCAGUAACAGCAUAUCUUGGAAAGGCCCAUGGAGUACCAAAGACUUUCAUCACUAUCUGAGACUAUUUUUGCAACAGGAACAUGGCAGGAACCAACACUGUACUGUGGAACAGAAGUGAUAAAUAUUAAGCUACUUAUCCAAAAAAAUAAAUAAAUAAAAAGUUCAUCUACAGAGCUAUAAGAGCUAUUAAUAUUUAAAGAUAUUAAGAAAGCAAUGUGACCUGAAAGAUAAAAAUUUGAGGAAGAGCACAGCUUUACGAUAUAA